AUGAACGAGGAUGAGAUAAAAACAGUGUUGAAAAGACUCAAAAGUGAAAGUCAAACACAAAAUGAACUAAAUGAGAAAAUCCCAUACUUAGUUAAUACAUUAAAUGAAAGUAAAUAUUUAAAAUAUCAAAACGAGAUUUGUGAAAUUAUUGGUUUGAAUAUUGGUGUGUAUAGUAGAAAAAGUAUUAUUCAACAAAUUUAUUACAUCCUCCCUGAUUUAAUUUUUGGAAUUAAUAAACAAGUAACUGAACAACCAAUCAUUAAUAAAGAACAACCAUUUUAUAUUAAUCAUCCUUUCAUACCUAAUUCAAAACAAAUUAUCACUAAUCCAAUAGUUUUUUCAUGUGGUAUACUUAAAAUUACUAUGUUACUUAUCAAAAGAAGUCAAGUUAAGUUUUAUACACCUAUGAUAGAUUUAAUAAUCACGAUUCUAAAAUCUGAUAAUCAUAAAACAAAUCUCAUUUCAUCAACACUUGAUUUUGUCUUUGUUUUAUUUAAAGGACUCAAUUCUCCAUCAUUUAAUCAAUAUUUUUAUCAAACAUUAUUUGAAUGGAGCAUAAAAGAAAGGAAUCUUUCAAAGGAAAUUAAAGGAGUUUUAGAAAAUAUACCAAUCAAUAUUGGUAGAGAAUGUCAACAUAGUAUUCAAGAAGCAAUUAACAUUAGUACAACACCAAUUUAUUUUAAAAUAUUGGUUAGAUUAAUAAAAGAAGGAGGAAUAGAAACACUAAAAGAAUAUAAAAAUGUUAUAAUCAAUGGAAUGUGUUGUGGAGAACGAGAAGAUGUAAUUGAGUUUAUUGAAGAAACAAAGAAAAAAGAAGAAGGAUUAAAGAUAUUACAAGAACAAGAAAAUAAAUUAAAGUCUAUUAUUGAAUCAAAAGGAGUUUACAAGAAAGCAAAUACUAUUCAAGCAGGAUUUAUAUAUUGUACACGAUGUGUUAAAAAUGAAGAUGAAUAUGAAGAAAUUAUGAAAAGAAUCCGAAAUGAAAUCACUAAUGAAGUUGUUAACAUGAUUAAAAAAGAAGUUAAAGAAGAUAUACUUAAUGUUAUUACAUUUAUUAGUAUAGAAAUUACAGAAAAGAAGUAUUGGAUGGGAAUAAGUGAAGAACAAUUUUAUUCAACACUUACUACACAUUUAAAUAUAUUAUAUCAACAAUGUAUUAAAGAAAUAGGAAGAAAUGAAAAAGGAUUAGAGUCUAUAAUCAAAUGUUUAAUUAUUGGAUAUCCAGAAAAUGAUAGUAAAAAAGAAGAAUUUAUAGAAAUAAUGAGUGAAAAUGAAGUUGUUAUGAAGAAGUAUAUGAAACAUAUUUUAACAUAUAUACCUUUAUACCCAAAAAGAGCAAAAAAUAUUAAUCAAAAAUUAAUGAUAAAAACACUUGGAAAAGGUAUUAAUAAAGAAAGUGAAAAAGUUAUUGGAAAGUUAUGUUGUUAUUAUGCAUUAAGUACAAAUAAAAUACAAAUGAAAAGAAAUAGAAAAGGAGAAGAAUAUAAUGUUGAAUGUCCAUUUUGUGAUGGAAAAGAAGAAAAUACAAAAGAAAUGUAUCAAAUCAAAACAACAUUAACAUUUGAAGGAAUUACUGAGUCAGUUAAAAAUAAAUAUAAUAAAUUAAAUGAAGAAGAAGAUAAUAAAGAAGAAAGAGGUAUUGUUGGAGAAACAUAUAUUAGAAUGAUUAUUCAUUUACCAAUAAGUAAUAAAGAAAAAAUGGAAAAAAUUAAAGAAAUGAUUAAAAGAAUGAAAGGGAUAAAAAAGAAUAAAGAAUAUUGUAAAAUCUUUAGAAUCAUUUUUAGAUUUAUAUCAAAAGUAAUUACAGAAAGAAUAGAUGAAGAUAAUGAAGAAAAUAAAAAAUAUUUUGAAGGAAUUAUUGAAGAAAUGGUAAAUAAAGAAGUUGAAGAUAGAAUUGAAAUAUAUGAUAUAAUUGGAGAAGUUAUUAAUGAAAUAGAUAUAACAAAAAUCAAUAUAAUUAUAAAACGAAUGAUUUAUGAACCUAAAUUUUAUGAGAAUCAAAUGAUGAGAAUAAGAAUUAUUGAAACAAUGAAAAAAUGUGGGAAAUAUUUAGAAUAUUCAACAAUAGAAAGAAUGUUUAAUGAACAUAGAGAAUUAGAUAAAGAUAUUUUUUAUUUAACAAGACAACCUUAUCAAAAUUCAUUUAUUAAUCAUUUUUUAGAUGAAAAGAAUGAAAAUGGAUUUAAUAAAUUUAUUGAAAUUAGAAAAGAAAAUAUUCUUCCUGAAAUUAUUUAUGAUAUUUUAACCAAAAAGAAGAAUGAAAAUCAAUUUAAUAUUGAUGAAAAUCAAGGAUUUGAAAUUUAUAGUAAAAAUAUUAAUAUUAGACUUGAAAUUUAUUAUCAUAUAUUUCAUAAAUGGAUUAAAGAAGGAAAUGAAAAUUUAUUAAGUAAAGUAACUAUUGAAAUUAAAAAAGUAUUUAAUAAACUCAAUAUAGAACAACAAAACAUUAUUAUGGAAUUAUUAAAAAAAGAUCAUUCAAGUAUUUUUGAACAUUUUAUAUUACGUAGUAAAGAAAAAGAAAUGAAAAAUACAAUAAUCAUAUUAAAUAAAGUUAUAGUAUGUUUAGAACAAAUGAAAGUUGGAGAUAAUAAAGAUGAUACAAUACAAGAAAUAGGAAAAAAAUAUGGAUUAAUUUUUAUGAAUCGUAUUAGAAGAGUACUUGGACUUAGUAAUACAAAAGAAAGUGUAUUUGGAUGGAAUGAUGGAUUUAAUGGAAUUACAAAGUUUCUCAGUAUGAAAAGUGAAAUUAAAGAUAUUAAAUAUAUUUUAUUGAAAAUUAUCAGAAAAAUUACAAAAAAAGUAAUAAGUCGAAAGGAAGUUAAUUCACAAACAAUUGAUACAAUGAGAAUGUGGAGAAAAAUGUGUGAAUGUAAAGACAAUGAUGAUAUUAUACUUGAAAUUGCAUUAACAACAAAAGAACUUAUUAAUAAAGGAAAAGAUAAUGAAGAAGUAAGAAGAAUUGGAAAUAAUAUCAUUGAAGAACUUAAAAAAGGAAAAGAAAGUAUUAAAGUAUUUUAUCCAGAAUUUAAUUUAGGAUAUAUUGAAACAAAACAUGAAGAACAAGCAGAACUUGCUAUUGCAAAAAAAUUAUUAACAGGAAGUAAAAGUAAAAAAGUAAAAUAUUAUAUUCUAAAAAAGAUUAAUAAAAUAUUAAGUGAAGGAGGAAUUAGUUCAUUAAGUAAAUUAAAUGAUGAACAACUUAAUAAUACACUUACUACAUUACUUAAAGAAAUGAAAGGAAAUAAAGAUAUUGAAUAUGAAAUUGGGAAAAUUAUUGGAGUAAUAGGUGCUAUUUCACCAUCUAGAAUUCAUCAAGAUGUUCCAUUUUCAAUUGAUAAAGAAGAUUCAACAAAUAUGAAUACAUUAAUUAUUACAUUACUUAAAAAUCAUCUUGUUCCAGAACUUAUUGAACGAGGAGGAGAUGAAUCACUCUUAUUU